CCAAUCCACCAUCAAAGAUGCAGCCUUUUUCCCCUCACAAUCGCUUCUUCUCCUCUCUCGACCAGCUCCAGAACCGACUCUCAUCGGAAUCCCAAUCCAAAACCCAAAACCCUCAACCUCCCCCUGAGUCAAACCCUUCUCUGUCUCCUCGCUGCCUCUCCUCUUACAUCACAGCUCCCGAACACGCCACCAUCAACCCAGGGCUCUCAGCGCGCCCCCCCGCCACCCAACAUCACGAAACAGACAACGACGGCGCCGACGACAUCGAGACCUUGAUGGGCCUCCUGGGCUUGUCGAUUGCUUCUUCGCCGGAGGCCUCUGCUUCGUGUUCCUGCGACUGCAGUGGGGCUGGGUUUUAUAAGAACGUCGUUGGAGCGGAGGGGCCGAGAUGCGAGAGGGAGAGGAGGAGAUUGGACGGCUGGAUCGAUUUGUAUCGCAGGGAGAGGGCAGAGCCGGGCGAGGCUGGCGGCAAUCUGAUGAUGCCGGAAAAAGCUGUGACGCUAGAGCCAAGAAUUGCGGGCGGCGGCGGUUUGAUGGGGGCUAGAGUUUUGCGGGCGGCGACUGUGGAGGAGUUUCUUGAGCGUGAUCCUUAG